AUGAAGCACAAUACAACCGACCGUGCUGCGAAAGAGCUCGAGGAUGCGUUCAUUAAAGUUACUUUCGAGGAAGAUGGUCACGGCGCCGGAGCGCAGUCUACAGAGGCAUUUUACGAUACCUGGGUUGACCACGUUUCUGCGAAGUUCAGUGAUGCUGCAACUUACGGUGCAAUAGCCCUGCAGAAGUUAUACCCAGAGCACUCCAUCGUGCUCUCCACUGAUCGGGGCAUUGAUAUCCUCAGCUUCCCCAGCGCCGCGUUCUUGCCCAUGUCGCCGACAGAGACAGUCAGCUCGGUCUACUUCGUGCCAUUCGCACGUCGUUUAGGGCAGAUUCCGGGUAUUCUCGUCAACAUGAUUAGAUUCGCGGCGUUCCACGUCUCCUGGGAUGCAUACGACUUCAUUCUGUACAUCGUCAGGUACCCACAAGGCAUCUCGGAAAUUGUGCAGCACUACGUCCUGCACGAAGGCCCCGAGGAGCACUCCCGCGCUCUCCUCGUCGCUGCCGGCGCCUGGCAGAACCAGCUGCAUGACGAGAUCCUCGUCUUCAAUCAGGGCCUCUGGCGGAAGAACCACGAGUUAUGGAUGGAGGUCCAGAAGGCUAACUGGGGUGACGUCAUCCUCAAGGAGUCAUUCAAGACCGCGCUGCAGAAAGAUGUGCGCGGGUUCUUCGACUCCGAGGAGCUGUACAAGUCACUGUCGGUGCCCUGGAAGCGUGGUCUCAUCUUGCACGGGCCUCCAGGCAAUGGCAAGACGAUCAGUGUGAAAGCGAUCAUGAAAGACUGCGACGCGCGAGGGUACGCGACGCUGUAUGUCAAGUCGUUCAAGAGCUACAUGGGCGAAGAGGGUUCGAUGGCCGCGGUGUUUAGCAAGGCGCGUGAGAUGGCGCCGUGCGUGAUCGUGCUCGAGGACCUCGACUCGCUUAUCAACGACGCGAACCGCUCAUUCUUCCUCAACCAGCUUGAUGGCCUCGAGGGGAACGAUGGUUUGCUCGUCAUCGGGUCGACGAACCACUUUGACAAGCUCGACCCCGCGCUUAGCGGCAGGCCGAGCCGAUUCGACCGUAAAUACCCGUUCGAGGAUCCCGAUCAGGACGAGCGCGCGUUGUACGCACGCUACUGGCAGGGCAAGCUGAAGAGCAACCACAGUGUCUCGUUCCCAGACAGCCUGGUCGACGAGGUCGCAUCCGCAACCGACGGCUUCAGCUUCGCCUACCUCAAGGAAGCUUUUGUCUCUGCACUGGUGCUGCUUGCAGGCGACAAGGGCGACGAGAAGCCCGUCUUCGCCACCGUCCUCCUCGGGCAGAUUAAGUCCCUCCGCGACCAGCUCAAGAAGCAGCCGCAUAGCGCAGGUGCACAGAGCGCCACUGGGGACGUCCGUCAUGUCCGCAUCUCUGGGGGCUCCGCUGCCGGAGGGUCCGACGGUCUGCCCGCGAGCUGCCUCACGCUUGCCGGUAGGAUAUGGUCCGCCGGGGAGAGCAAGCAGGCACGAACGUCGGUGAUGCCAGGCGGAAUGCCUGGUAUGGGCGCGGCGCUGGAAGGGCGGCCGCAUGCGACGCUGGCGGCACUGGGGCGCUCCUUCGUGUAG